UCACCACGUUUUCCACAAACAUUGUUUAACAAACAAACCAAACCAAAUUCAACACUUAAGAUAGUUUAUAUAGAUUUCUUGUAAACAUUUACAAUACAAAUUUGUUGCAAUAAAAGAUUUUUUACAGCGACGAUUUUAUAAUGUCUAACGUGAACUAUAACUUUAUAGAUUCGGAUUUGAAAUCCAGUGUUUAUGAACCGAGUAAUUGCCGUUUUCCUCAAAUUUACAACUCACAUAUACACCCAAAUGAACUUGAAGAAGUGUAUUGGAAUUCGUCGCCAUGCAGUUCGGAUUCCAUCCAAAAUUAUGGUGAACAUUCGCCCAAUAUGUUUAAUGUACAAUUGGACAGAUCAAACCAGCAUCGAAUACUGUUUACCGCACCCUCCGCCACCGUUUUAUGUUCGGAGCAAACGAUUCAAUGUAAAAAUUACGAACGAAUUUAUUACAGCGAAACAUCAACAAAAGACAUAGAAGUUAAUCCGCCAUUUGUGCGUACUGGCAAACGCCGAACAACCGCCAAUAAAAAAGAACGCCGUCGAACACAGAGCAUCAAUUCGGCGUUUGCAUUCCUCAGAGAUUGUAUACCAAACGUACCAUCUGAUACAAAACUUUCAAAGAUAAAGACCUUAAGGCUGGCAACAUCAUAUAUAACUUAUUUGAAUGGAGUAUUGAAAGGUGAUCAAGAUCCAUCCAGUGAAUUUCGAGCCGAAAUUUUAUCAUCACGGAAAAUAAAUGCUGAACGCAAAGCCAAAGUUGAAGCACAGAAUAAUUCAGAUGCAAACUAUUUAAUCGAACCAAAGAGAAAUAAAGUUAGAACUGGCUGGCCACAAGAUUGCUGGGAAGCCGAAAUUACGGAACAUCUUAAAACGGAAUAAUAUUUAUACCAUCAGAAUCAAUGCAUUAAUUUAAGAAAUCAAAUUUGAACAUUUUUAACGAAUUGUACGACAGUUUUCAUUUUACAGAAUUGAACAAGAGAAUUUUUUUUUGGUUUGUUUUGCCCGAUGUCUUCAUGGGAAAAAUUCUCAUAAUGUAUUUUAAAUAAGAACGUCAAAAUGAAUUUUGAGAUGUUUACAGAAUUUACUACAAUUGAUUGUGUCUAUCGCAGUCUAUGUUAAGUGACAAAAAUGUAACAUUUUUGAAAACAUCUCGAUUAACAUUUUCAUUUAAAUAAAAGAAAAACGGAGAUUUUUUUACAUGCAUAUACAUGACGAAAUCGAACCCCGUUUAAUACUUUUUGAAGCGUACCAUUUAGAUUUUGUUUAGUUGGGACAUUUCUGACUUAAUUAAAUUCAUUAUUGA